CAGCGGCCUGAGGUGACCUCUCAAAAUGGUUCGCUAUUCACUUGACCCAGAAAACCCCACAAAAUCAUGCAAGUCGAGAGGUUCAAAUCUUCGUGUUCACUUUCAGAACACUCGUGAAACAGCCCAGGCCAUUAAGGGUAUGCAUAUCCGAAAAGCCACCAAGUAUGUGAAGGAUGUCACUUUAAAGAAGCAGUGUGUGCCGUUCCGUCGUUACAAUGGUGGAGUUGGUAGGUGUGCCCAGGCCAAACAGUGGGGCUGGACGCAGGGUCGGUGGCCCAAAAAGAGUGCUGAAUUUUUACUGCACAUGCUCAAAAAUGCAGAGAGUAAUGCUGAACUUAAGGGCUUAGAUGUAGAUUCUCUGGUCAUUGAGCAUAUCCAGGUGAACAAAGCCCCCAAGAUGCGGCGCAGGACAUACAGAGCUCAUGGUUCGAUCAACCCAUACAUGAGCUCUCCCUGCCACAUUGAGAUGAUCCUUACUGAAAAAGAACAGAUUGUUCCUAAACCAGAAGAGGAGGUUGCCCAGAAGAAAAAGAUAUCCCAGAAGAAAUUGAAGAAACAAAAACUUAUGGCCCGGGAAUAAAUGCUGCAAAAAAUAAAUGCAAAUAAAAGUAAAAAAAAACAAAAACAAAA